AUGUCAUCAUCAACAAUUAAAAAGUUUUUAAAUUCACCAACAUCAUUAUUAUCAAGUAAAUCACUUCUUAUUAGAAGUUUUAGUAGUCAAAGUAAUGGAAAUUUUAGAAAUUAUAAUAAAUUUGAAUUAUUUGAAAAAGCAUUUGAUUUCGUAUUACCACCUUAUCAACCAAUUAUAAUUAGAUUAGAUGGUAAUUCAUUCAGUAAAUUAAAUAAACAAUUAAAAUUAGAAAGACAUGAUGAAAGAUUUCAUGAAUCAAUGAAAGAGACAUCCAACAAUUUAUUUAGUCAUUUCAUUGGUUGUAAAUUCAUUUAUUCUUUCUCUGAUGAAAUUAAUAUCGUUAUUUAUAAUCAAUAUCCAGAUAAUCAAUUCCUUUCAAAUAGAAUUCAAAAAUUAAUUUCAACAACUUCUUCAAUAACUUCUUUAAAUUUUUCAAUCAAUUUAUCAAAAAAAUUAAAUAAUAAUAAUAAUAAUAAUAAUGUUUUUUCAUAUUUUGAUUGCAGAGCUUUUGUAUUACCAAUUAAUGAGGUAAAAGAUUAUUUUAUAAAAAGACAAGGUAGAUGUUAUACUAAUUUUUUAUCAUCAAUUGCAUCGGAUAAUGGUUUUAAUACUGAUAGUAUAUUUAAUAAUGAUAGUGGAUUAGAUGGUUCAAAAAAAAAUAUUUAUGCAAGAGAAUAUUAUUUAGAGAAACAAGGUGUCAAUUUAAUGGAAAUUCCUGAACAUUUUAAAUCUGGGUUUUUGGUUUUUAAAAACUCUACAAAUGAGUUGGAUUAUAAAUCACCUAUUAAUUUUAAAAGUGAUACUAUAAUCGAUUAUUUACUAAAUCGUAAAAAUUGA